AUGAACUUGAGUGUGGAUCCUUGUCAUGACUUCUACGAAUACUCCUGUGGAAAUCAUCCUUGGAGCUCGAAGCUGUUAUGGAGAAUGUUGGGAUCUUGGCAAGGUGACUACAGCACAAUAUACCUGCAGGACAGGGUGGAACAUUUGUUGGGCAAGAUGGAUCUGGCGGAGUCCCUCAAUGUGUCCAAGGAACUGAAGCUGGCCCAAAGAUUCUACAACGCCUGUCUGGAAGCCGAUCUCUACCCUUUUCCUGCUGCUGAUCCGCACUAUCUUACCCUCAUUCGGUCGAUCGGGGGAUUCCCCGCUGUGGAUGGAGCCAACUGGAAUGCCUCCAACUUCAGCUGGUUCAACAUGAGCGCCCACUUAAUCAACUACGGGGCAGAGGGCCUGAUAGACGAAUAUUUCGAAUCGAAUUUUCCUUUCCAGCCUAAGAUUCGUGCCGCACGAAUAGCAUUGGAAGUAUUCGAGAACUCAAGACCGAAUGACGAGGAACGAAUGACAGGAUACCUAAGAGCAUUUCAAUUGCCAGAGGAUAAAAUUGCAGAGGUGAUCGCCGGGGUGCUUGCAUUCUGGAAAGAAGCGGGAUCCAUAGAUUACGGGCGAAAGCCAGGAAACUGCGAAGCCUUCGAGGCCAACUACUUCGAGAUCGUUUGGGACGGGGACAAGAUCGUUUGGAACAAGGAUCAACCAAGGGAAGACGCAGACUGUAAUUUCUACUUCGUGGAGUUGGACAAGGUGUGUGCCCGUCAUCCAGAGGCGGUGGCCAAUUAUCUGGCCAUGAAGCUGCUGCGGGCACUCGAUGCCAAACUUAACAACUCUGGAGAACAAAAGCAGUAUUGCAUGGAAAAGGUGCAGUACUCAGUGCCGUUCCUCUUCAGCAAACUUUUUUUGGCGGAUCACAUUCCUGAGGAAAUAAAGUUGGAAGUGUCGGAAAUUGCGAAGGAAGUACAGAAUAGCCUGCGCAGGUCGUUGGACAAACGCAAAGACAAACACGGUUGGUUUAACUAUUCUGGAAGGUCUCGAAGAAUUCUCUGGGAAUUUCCCUUCAACUUUACCCAGGUCAACUCGUUUGCGGAUCGUGUAAUCUCGGAGAUUGGUAGCCUGCAAACAAUCGACGAUAGUUACGCUGCCAUCAAUAUAAAUAUGCGACGCCUUUAUGUUAAAAGCAGUCGAUACAGCGCUCGUCACACCAUGGACCUUCCCAUAUCCUCCAAGUCAGCUGAUCGUAGAUAUUUGCAACCACCUGUUUACCACCCCACUUGGCCAGUAUCCUUUAAAUUCGGGGCCUUGGGUAGUUUCAUUGGGCGACAGGCCUACAUAAAUAACCAGAGAUAUGAUAGAAUUCAUGACUCAGAAAUGGAAAAGGCUGAACUGCGGCUGGCAUUCUCUGCCUAUAAAAGCCACAUUAAACACCUUAUAAGGGAUCAUAAGCAGGAUAAAAUCAACGAGACGAUGCCAGGACUUGACUUGAUGCCGGAUCAGCUCUUCUUUCUGGGAGCCACCCACAUUUUCUGCGGCUCUGACUACAAUGGUAGGCAAAUAGCUCUGUUUUCCUUGUUGAAAAACGAAGAUUUCCGCCUGGCCUUCAAUUGUACUGCAGCCCCUGGAAUUCGUCGUCAGUGA